AGCCAUUCUGGUUCAGAGUUUCUCGCCGUCCGGCCGCAAGCCCCUGAGGAGGGGCGGCGAUGGUCUGGCAGCCGCCUGCAGAGGCCGAGGGCGCUCUGCAGCAGCCGGCGACGCUCAGGCAGUGCAGCGGGGAGCUGCGCAGCCGCAGCGCCGGCGCCCGCACGGGGAGGUGGGAGGGUGCGCCGCGGCUGCCGCGGCUGCAGCGGAGGCAGCAGCCGAGCGUCGGCGGCGCGGGGCUGGUGGUGGAGCGGCAGGUGCCAUGGCUCGACCGAUGCGGCGAGCUGCUGCUCUGGUUGAACGACGGCGCGGACGAGGACAGCCUCGAGAGCAGGCUGCUCUCGUUUGUGGGCGCAUUGAGGCCACAGUCCCUCAUUGGUAGCAGCCUCAGGCCGCCGUCCUUCAUCGGCGGAAGGUGCAUGCCUGCCUUGCGCCAGAGGCGCGCCGCGAACGACCAGAGAUAUGAGGCUGGCCCCGGGGUGACCCAGACCAGCAGCAGCGACAGCGAAGGCCCGCGCAACAGGAAGUGCCGGUGGUCCCUGGCGCAGGGCUCGGACAGCAGCGAGAGCGAGCCAGGCUCGGUGCUGGGAAGGCUCGGGGUCGGUCCAGAUCUUCCGCUGUUCGGGCAGGGCUCCAAUGCCCUAGACGCCCUCGCGGAGACGGUGAACCCUCAGUCCUUGGAGGCCAUCCUGGAGGCGGUCAUCGACAGAGUGUCCUGCUCCACGCCCAGGGGGAGGGAGCGCGUGCAGGUGGCGAGACAGUUUGUGGAGCAGGUCACGCAGGACACCCUGAGCGACGCGAGCGAUGCCUGGGGCGCCGUGGACAGCCUGCGGCGCCGCGCCACCGCGGAGAUCCUGCGCUUCGCCUCCCAGGCGUCCCACGAGCGGCAGCCUCCCGAGCGGCAC